CCUAAAUCAAGAAGCCGGGCUCGUUCCUGACAGCGUUAUCCAAGAAAGACUUUGACAGAGAAACAACACGGGUCUCGAGCCUCCCGGGGUGGUUCAGGAGAACUCUGUGAACCGGAGCGAUUCCCCCACUCUCCUCAGAGGCCUGUUGGUUUGCGCCGGCGCCUUUUAAGGGCACCGUGGGGCUAACGGAGCGCUCAGAGCUGCUCCGGCCGCGGCCCUGGGAGCUGAAGGAGCCGCGACUCAGCAGGCAUGACUGGAGAGGGAAGUCCCAAUGGUGCUAGAAUGGUGCUGCAGUGGCAGAAGACGGCUCACGAGUGAGGUCUGGAAGAACGACAGGGAAGACAUCCAUCAUUUGCUCCAAAGUGUGCAAGUCAAAUCCUGGGGAGAAUCAUGAUAACCCUGAUCACUGAGCAGCUACAGAAGCAGACUCUGGAUGAGCUGAAAUGCACACGCUUCAGCAUCAGUCUGCCUUUGCCUGAUCAUGCAGACAUCUCCAACUGUGGGAACCCUUUCCAGCUUGUGCCUGAAGGUGCUUCCUGGAGGGGCCUGCCCGGCUGUUCCUGUGCCGAGUUCCAGGACAGCCUGAACCUCAGCUACCACCCCUCAGGCUUGAGCCUGCACCUCAGACCACCCAGCCGGGGAAGUUCCCCACCGGAGCAGCCCCUCUCCCAAGUCCUAAGCCCUGAGCCCCCAGACCCAGAGAAACUUCCUGUGCCCCCCGCCCCUCCAUCCAAGAGGCACUGCCGCUCACUCUCAGUGCCCGUGGACCUGUCUCGCUGGCAGCCGGUGUGGCGGCCUGCCCCCUCCAAGCUGUGGACUCCCAUCAAGCACCGGGGCAGUGGUGGAGGGGGUGGGCCGCAGGUGCCUCACCAGAGCCCCCCGAAAAGGGUCUCCAGCCUCAGGUUCCUCCAAGCUCCCAGUGCCUCUUCUCAAUGUGCCCCAGCCCACAGACCCUACAGCCCCCCUUUCUUCAGCCUGGCCCUGGCCCAAGAAUCCUCUCGACCCUGCGCUGCCUCCCCCCAAAGUGGCUCCUGGGAGAGUGAUGCCGAGUCCCUGUCACCUUGCCCACCCCAGCGCCGCUUUUCCCUGUCGCCCAGCCUGGGCCCACAGGCAAGCCGCUUCUUGCCCUCUGCCCGGAGCUCCCCCGCCUCCUCCCCAGAACUGCCCUGGCGACCUCGAGGCCUCCGCAACCUUCCCCGAAGCCGCUCACAGCCUUGCGAUCUGGAUGCCCGCAAAGCUGGAGUCAAGCGGCGCCACGAGGAGGACCCCCGGCGGCUGCGGCCUUCCUUGGACUUUGACAAGAUGAAUCAGAAACCAUACUCAGGAGGUGUCUGUCUCCAAGAAACAGCCCGGGAAGGCAGCAGCAUCUCUCCGCCGUGGUUCAUGGCCUGUAGCCCCCCACCCCUCUCUGCUUCCUGCAGCCCCAUUGGGGGUUCCUCCCAGGUGCUGAGUGAAAGCGAAGAGGAGGAGGAGGGGGCCGUGCGGUGGGGGCGGCAGGCACUGAGCAAGCGGACACUGUGCCAGCAGGACUUUGGGGACCUGGACUUGAAUCUGAUUGAGGAGAACUAAAACUGAG